AUGGUCUGUUUGUUUGCAGGAUUGAGCAUUGGGAUUGUAAACUUCUUGGCACAAAGUGUGGAAGGAGUAUUUUAUGUAAAUGAGCCACUAGAGAAAUUAAUGUUUGAGGAGUUACGAAAUGCCUGCAGAGGUGGCGGUGCUGGUGGAUUCUUACCUGCUAUGAAACAGAUUGGGAAUGUGGCUGCACUGCCUGGCAUUAUUCAUAGGUCUAUUGGGCUUCCCGAUGUACAUUCUGGUUAUGGGUUUGCCAUUGGUAACAUGGCAGCAUUUGACAUGAGUGACCCAGAAGCAGUGGUGUCACCAGGUGGUGUCGGGUUUGACAUCAACUGUGGUGUCCGAUUGCUGCGUACGAACAUGGAUGAAAGUGAUGUCCAGCCUGUGAAGGAACAGCUUGCGCAGGCCAUGUUUGACCAUAUUCCAGUUGGUGUGGGCUCCAAAGGUGUCAUCCCCAUGAACGCCAAGGACUUGGAGGAGGCACUGGAAAUGGGUGUUGACUGGUCUCUCAGGGAAGGUUAUGCCUGGGCAGAGGACAAGGAGCACUGUGAAGAAUAUGGAAGGAUGCUGCAGGCUGAUCCCAAUAAGGUCUCCUCAAGAGCUAAGAAAAGAGGUUUGCCUCAGCUUGGGACCCUGGGAGCCGGAAACCAUUAUGCUGAGAUCCAGGUGGUAGAUGACAUUUAUAACGAGUAUGCUGCCAGGAAGAUGGGCAUUGAUCACAAGGGCCAGGUGUGUGUAAUGAUUCACAGUGGCAGCAGAGGCCUGGGUCAUCAAGUAGCUACAGAUGCUUUAGUUGCUAUGGAGAAAGCCAUGAAACGAGACAAGAUCAUAGUUAAUGAUCGCCAGUUGGCAUGUGCCAGAAUUGCAUCCCCUGAGGGACAAGACUAUCUAAAGGGAAUGGCAGCGGCUGGGAACUAUGCAUGGGUCAACCGUUCCUCCAUGACUUUCCUAACCAGACAGGCCUUUGCUAAAGUCUUCAACACAACCCCUGAUGACUUAGAUCUUCAUGUGAUCUAUGAUGUGUCUCAUAACAUUGCUAAAGUAGAGCAGCAUGUGGUGGAUGGAAAAGAAAGAACCCUCCUGGUGCACAGAAAGGGGUCGACCAGGGCUUUCCCUCCUCAUCAUCCUCUCAUUGCCGUCGAUUACCAACUGACUGGACAGCCGGUACUGAUUGGUGGGACAAUGGGAACCUGUAGCUAUGUUCUUACUGGCACUGAACAAGGCAUGACUGAGACCUUUGGAACCACGUGCCAUGGAGCUGGUCGUGCAUUGUCCCGAGCCAAAUCUCGACGAAACUUGGACUUCCAGGAUGUGCUAGACAAGCUGGCCGACAUGGGGAUUGCCAUCCGUGUUGCUUCCCCCAAGCUGGUCAUGGAAGAAGCACCAGAAUCCUAUAAGAAUGUGACAGAUGUGGUUAACACCUGCCAUGCUGCUGGCAUCAGUAAGAAAGCUAUUAAAUUGAGACCUAUUGCUGUUAUUAAAGGCUAGGAAGUGACUGAGGCGAUCAGAAACCACUGGCACAUUAGUGCCUUUCACAAAACAGACUAAAGUCACCAUCAUCAUCUUCCACACCUCUGAGCACUCUGCAGCCAAGAUAGUACUCUCCCUAUUUUGAAUACGUGACUGGCGAGGAUGUUAUUACCCAGAGCCUCAAAAGUAACUUUUUUGUGUUAUGGCACUCUUCAGUAUGUGGAAGGAGUAAACAAACUGAUGCUGUUGUCUUUUAUGUACAAUGAUCCUACAAAUCACAUGAAAUUCCAGCAGAACUACAGACUUGACUCACCUAAGCUGUCACUAAUAAUCCUGCAGAUUCUAGUACACCCUUCAUCAGCCAAUUUAAUAUAUAACCCUUGCCCAGCUCACUAGCCACCCUAGUGACUAGAUGCCAACCAUAGUCCUCGGCAGGUCUCACACACAACUCCUGGCAGUGGGAAGGUGCUCUGUUUGCAAACACUAGCCUAUAUUGUGUAGACUUACAGUAGUGAUAGUUAUGUACCAAAUGAUUGAAUAGAUAGUGGUCUUAAAUUAAGUUCUCUGUAAGCUAUGCAGCUGCACAGCUGCCUAGUUAGCACCACACAGGCAUUCAGAGAACCCUGGUCAGGAGAAAGCAUCCCUCCCCCAGCCUACAUGUAUGACAUCCCUAAUCUGCCACAGCCAGGUCACCCCUUUUCUGGCCCCAGCUCUGUUGUGACUGGGAUUCCUGGACCUCCAGGGGAGGGGUGCCCCAUCCUAUUUGGCCCCAACCUGCCAUGGCUGGGGCAUUUCUACUCCAGCCCCAACCCAGCCAUGGCUGGGGCACUGCUAUCCCAGGCCAGGCCUGCUUUGGUUGAGGGAAGGGUGCCUGUCAUGCAGCCUGAGCCCUCAAGCUGCCACAGCAGGGAGAGGAGUCCCUGCCAGCCCAGAUGCUGCUGUGGGAAGAGAGCUGGAAGGAGUCUUCUCUCCUUGCUGUAGCCCUAGAGCACCCUCUUGCACCCCAAAUUCCUCAACCCUGGCUCCACUCCAGAAUCCUCAUCCCUUGUACCACAACCUUCUGCCUCAUCUUAGAGCCCUUUCCAAAACUACAUAUCCCUCAGUCUCACCCCUGCCACACGAAUUUUAUGUGCACCAAUAUGAAGGUGAUGUGUGAUACAUCGCCUCCGCUUUUGUUCACAUAACAAAAUUAAUUCCCCACAUGGGUGGGAAAAAGAGGUAAUACUAGUCUUAACCCCAACAAAACGCACGGGAGAAACUAGCCAAGGUUCAGACACAUCCCCCAUAAUUAAACCAUGACCCUGAGGUACUGGCGCCUUUGAUAUUGACAGGUGUUCCACAAAGUCUAAUGGGAAUUUUAGUGCCAUUGGAUAUAUUGGAAAGAUAGAAGGUUACCUUGAAUGUGGAGUGAUUUAACCACUGACAGAUGUGCUUAGGAUAUGACUUGAAAGGUCUGCAACUGUAAUUGGAUCUGCUGCUGCAGCCCUCUCCAAUGGGUUUCUGCAUGGAUGACUAGUGGAUUGAACUGCAGGAUCACGACUGAAGAUAAGUUUGAUUUGAGACUGACCGAUUAGCCUUUUAUUUUGUUUUACAUUUAGUAAUGAGAUUUGGGAGGCAAAUCACCAAAGGUGGUGAAUUUCUAGGAACUCGAAAUUUCCAAAUAAAAUGGGAAAAUACAAAAUCA